CACGCGCAGGGAGCAGGCAAAGUCCUCGUUCCUCCCCGGGAUUCCUCCUGGGUCCAGGAAGGCCCGGCGGGGUCCGCUUGACCACAGGCCUCAGGCUGCCGACGGCUGCUCCCUGCGCUCGGCUCCCAUCCGGAUGGAAGAGCUUUCCGGGAAGUCUCUCAGCUGUGCGGAGAAGGAAAAGUUGAAGGAAAAAUUAGCAUUUUUGAAAAAGGAAUACAGCAAGACACUUGCUCGUCUUAAGCGUGCCAAAAGAGCUGAGAAGGUUAAGAACUCUAAGAAAGCAAUAGAAGAUUGUGUGCCCCAUCAGGAAGCCUCCCCACAGCUAAGCCGCUCUGAAUCUAUAAAUGAAGGCUCUCCUUGUGAUACAUUACAAAUCAACCAUCUUGAUGAGGAAACUGGAGAAAACAUCUCUGUGAUACUCGAUGUUGAACCUCAGUCCUUUAACCAUAAAAAUGGCCAAGAAGGUGUAUGUGCACAAAGAGCAGGUGACAUCCAAGAACAAUUUUUGCAUGUCAUCAGUAGUCCCGAUGGUAAGAAAGAGCGGAAUGCACUGCCAGGGAGAACACAGCAGCAGUGGAAGAAAACAUCUGUUUCACAGGAGAAAGAACAUUUCCUUGGCAUUAAUUCUCUCAUACUCCCUGACAAACAACGGAAGACACAGGAAGACAGCAGCAGCAAAAGUCCUAGGACCCCAGUGCCUAAAGAGAAUCACCUUUUAAGUCUGAAGUCUAAAACUCCUGACCCUUCAGCCCUUGAUACAGAAAUUGAUGGAGAGGGUGUAUUAAUUCCACCAUCUGGCAAAUCGGAAAGGGAUAUUGAUACACCCGUAAGAGGAAAUAAUGUCUCCAUGGAGACUACAGUCCCUUCAUGUACUGUGUCAGACAACAAUCAUAGUCAACAGCUUGAACCUACAUCUCCUAAUGGUUACUGCAAAAUUGCUACUCAGGGCCCAGCUUCAUCCAUAAAUGUGGAGGCACAAGGCAGAAAAACGACUGUAUUUACCGGUAACCCCAUAGUAAAUAAAGCUGUGAGUGCCAGUGAUCAGCUGCCAGGAAGUCCUAAUUCAGAGGCAAGUGAUACAUGUUCUAUAAAUGAUCUCACUCACAGUAACUUGCCAGCAAAUACUACCCAAAACUUUAAAUCUUUAAAAUCUCCCGGUAACACUGUUGACGGUAGAAAUGAGAAUCUUGAGGAAGAUGAAAUUCUAGGCUCAUCUAAGAACCUCAGCCCAGCGGCAGUCUCUCCUCCCUCCACAGAAAGUCAAAUGCAUUCUUACACAAUGCUUGAAGGCCUUCUGUUUCCCGCAGAAUACUAUGUUAGAACUACCCGUCGUAUGUCAGACUGUCAGAGAAAAAUAGCUCUGGAAGCUGUAAUUCAAAGUCACUUGGGUGUCAAGAAGAAAGGGCUUAAAAACAAAAAUAAAGCAACUAAGAAUGUAGUCCUCUCCGGUGAAGAAACUGACCACAGUGAAAGUAGUAUGUUGGAUGCAUGCACAGGACGGUCCAGGUCAGGAAGUCCCUCUCAGCAACUAAUCUUGUCAGCUGAGGUCAGCUCUCCCACAGAAUCCGCUGAGGCUGACAGCCAGUCUAGGAAAGCUACUACACCUGGCAGAGGACACAGAGGAAAGCGAAAAUCAGACCGAGUCUCCACACUGGAUCGUUGUCAGCUGCUUUUCCCUCCUUGCCACAUACUGGGUCUUAACAUGCCCAAGGGCAGAUUCACCAAGCGUAAGUGGCAGAGUGGAAAAGUAACUAUUCAUGACUUUGAGUUACCUGAUGAAGACUUUGGACCUCUUAAGCUCGAAAAAUUGAAGUCCUACUCAGAAAAACUGAUUGAGUCUCCUGACUCCAAAACCUUUGGAAAGAGACUUUCUAGGAAAGGAAAUUGUGCCACUCUGGAGGCACUGCAAAUAGAUUCAGAAGUGGAGGACUUGGUAGAGGAACUCACCGCUCCAUCAGAAGCACACCGUCCAGGGCCAACCCUGAAACAGCUGCCUAUGAGCAAGGGCCUUUCUUCAUCCGCAGUGCUUUUCACUCCUACAGAUACAGCUGCACCUAACCAUAGUGGCAGAUCUACUGCCUACCUGUGUUCACCUGCGUUCCCCAUCUUAGGCACGACUCCAGCUUUUGCUUCCCAAGCCACCAGUGAGAUUGUAACCGUUGAAGUUGGACAGACAUGCUCUACAUCCCGACCUUCUCACUUGGGAGACAAAAACAGUCUUGCUAAUAGCAAUAAACAAUGCAACAGUUCAGUCAGCUCACCAGAACUGGAUACCAACCUGCAUGUGUCAGGUAGGCAAGGACAACCUACCUGUGACAGUGAAUCUGGCCCCCAAGCAACACCUUUACCCAAUGAGUCAUUCACUUUCAGAGAAAAUCAGCUCUGUGGAAAUGCAUGCCUCGAGUUACAUGAACAUUCCAUUGAACAGACUGACGUUGCAGGCCUCCCUGCUCAGGACACCUGGAACCCAAGCAGCCUACAGUUAGUCUCAAAGUUCAAGAAUCCUUCCAGUUCCUGUUCUGUAGAUGUGAGUGCUGUGUGGUGGGACAGAGCUUGUGCUAAGGAGCCAUGUAUCGUAACUGCCUGUGAAGAUGUAGUUUCUCUUUGGAAACCUUUGGAUACUUUGCAGUGGGAAAAAGUUCAUACCUGGCACUUCACAGAGGUUCCAGUAUUACAAAUAGUUCCAGUGCCUGAUGUUUACAAUCUUAUAUGUGUAGCUUUGGGAAAUUUGGAAAUCAGAGAAAUCAGGGCAUUGCUGUGUUCCUCUGGGGAUGAAAGUGAAAAGCAAGUACUACUGAAAUCUGGAAAUAUAAAAGCUGUGCUUGGCCUGACAAAGAGAAGACUGGUUAGUAGCAUUGGAACCUUUUGCAGUCAACAAGUACAAAUCAUGACAUUUACCGAAGAUGGAAGUAGCAAAGAUGAACAGCUUUUGAUGCCCCCUGAUGAGACUAUACUGACUUUUGCUGAAGUCCAAGGGAUACAGGAUGCUCUGCUUGGCACCACUACUGUGAACAACAUUGUGAUCUGGAACUUAAAAACUGGCCAACUCCUGAAAAAGGUGCACAUUGACGACUCUUACCAAGCUUCAGUCUGUCACAGAGCCUAUUCUGAGAGAGUCUCUUGUAGCCUAGGCUGGCCUGAAACUCCCCGUGUAUUGAAUAAAAUGACCUUGAGCUAUGAUCCCCCUGCUUCUACCUCUCCAGUGCUGGGAUUACUAGCUCAUGAUAGACACUCUAUUGACUGAGCUGCAUUCCUAACCUGUUUGCUCUUUUUGAAGUUUAUGAAUAAAAAUAGGUGUAUGUGAUUACUUGUCUCAUUUUCUACCUGUAUGAUAUAAAGACGCACAUUCUAAGCUGUGAAUUUUAUUCAUAUUUUUAAAAUACCCAACUACUUAAAAAGGAAAAGGGAAAAAAAUCACAAGAUAGUUCUGAUUGAUCCUGAAUUCAAUAUGUAGAUCAGGCUGUCACAAAAUCUGGCUGAAUCUGGCUUUUAUAAUCUUUUAAGAAGGUUGAAUUUGUUUCUAGAAUUUACCUGUUUUUCAUUUAACUGAUCAGUUUGAUAUAUACUAAUUACUACUAGUUGGUGUCCUGUUAAACAAGGGUCUUUAAUGGGUCACUUCCAGUAUGCUAUGUCUCUAUGGCCUCCUUCCCUGUGCCAGCCUUUUCCUAAAUGGUUGGCACGAAGUAUAGCUAAAGUAAGGAAACUGAGUCAGCUGGAUUCAGGAUGGCAGGACUGGCCUAGGAUGCAGAGGUCCACUGUGGAGAUGCUGUCAGUAUCUGCUGCAUGGACAAAGGGAGGCAGUGGUUACGUCCCUCACAUUGAAGAGUCUGGUGAUCAUUCCUUCUGCUUUGCUUUUGUCACCACCCCCGAACAUUCU